GGCCGGGCUUUGUCAUGGUACUGUUACUUAGCAGCCGCACUGACUGUUACUGUUACGUAGGAGAAACACGCACCGUUUGAGCUCGGGGGUGUCUGCCUUAUAUAAACACUUGUGCGUAUAGAUAUACAAAAUGCAUUCAGUUACUCUGGACAACAAUGGCUCUCCAAAGAAGCGGACGUUUUCACGUAGCGAGGAUGAAUCACUCCGUAGUAUCAUAAAGGAGGCUGAGAGCUCAUCCAGGCGUCUGACACGAAGCGACAGCCGACCCGGGACCCUGAAAAGGAGAUCUGACAGCCAGCAAUCCGACCAGGACAUCCCAAUGGGACUCUCAGAGAUGCUGGAGCUGCAGGCCAGCUACGACGAGGCGGUGCACGAGCUGCGUGGGCUGGAGGUGGAGCGCGAGGCUCUGUUGUUCCAGGUGGACGUCCUGCAGGACACGCUGGAGGGUGUGGAGGAGCUGCUGGCCGAAACCCAGAGGGAGGUUGGACAGGCUAAUAUGGAGUUAGAGCGAGAGCGGGAGGCCAAGAAGAAACUGGAGCGUUUGGUCCACUCUUUAAUGCAGGAAGUGGAGACAUUAAAAGAGGAAGAAAAUGCUCUUGCGCACGUAUCGGAGGACAGGAAUGAAAGUGAAGUGGACGCAAAGGGAGGGGAAAGUCAAAUGGACGAUCCGACCCAGGAAACAGCACAACUUAGCUCAGCCAGCGAAGCCACUGCUGCGUGCGACGAUGCGCAUUUGACCAAGGCAGAUGAGGGGAGUGUCGUGACCAAAGUGAAGUGGGUGGCCAACAGCGCCCCCUCCCUUGCCCUGGACGACCCGCUCUGUGAGGACGGGGUGCACCGGAGGCCUUUCAAAGGCGAACGAGACCAGUCCCCGGAUAAGAGCGACUCGGACACGGCGAGCAUGUACGAGGACGCAUCUACGGAAACCCCUGAGCAGGACGCCGUCCCUCCAGAGUUGCUUCAUGACUCCGAGAGUAAGGACGGCAAUGAGUCCCAGGGGCCCCGAAAUGAUGACAGCUGCCUUGUGUCUUAAUUUAUUCUGAAGCCAUGCAUCCUUUUUCACAGCUACCAUUCUCAGUGGUUCUCAAGCUGAUACUUCUUUUUCGCCAAUCGAAUCUUUACUACCUGUCUUUUAUACUCGAAAAAUGUUUAGCUGCUGCUUGAACAAGAAAUAAAUGUGUAUACAGGGAAACUAGAGUAAGCCGCACAAUUGCUCAACUUGUCUGCAAUAAGUCAUUGUGGCUACAGUUUGGGCUUAAUUGUUUUUGGGAGGCUAAUUUGAGAUGCAACUUUUUGGAAGGUCAAAAAGUAAGGGAACCACAAUUCACUGCCUGACUGAGUGACUUAACAGUUAUAUUUUUAUGUCUUGUAUCAUCGAUUUUGAGGGUUUAGGGGGAAUUGGCAGCAUUUGCACUUUUCACAAGUUUGUGCGUUGAAAACAUUCCCUUUAGAAUCAAACUUGAGUGAGGGAAAGGAAGUCCCUUUGUCUGCAUGGGAAGACUGCUUUGCACAUUUGCAGUCCAGUUUUCAUGUCUGAUUGCUGUAAACUUUGUCAUAUUUUUAAAGCCUUUGGGAGCUGUUGAUUGCAUGGACAUUUGUCAGUUUUUAUUUCCACAUGGCACAUCUUCAAACCAUUUUGAACACUGUUUUGCACAUAGCAUUGGUGUCAUGGCAAUUCAUUUCAAGCAGGAGUUAAGAUUAUUUACGAAUCAGGUUUCACUUUUUAUCCUAAUUUAAAAAGAAAAAGACAAACUACCAUAAACACAUCAAAAUUAUGUUGCCAUAUUUGAUUGCUAAGGAAAUGAGCAUGUAUGAUCUUUGUUAUGAUUUAUAUAGUCGCUCAACAUGAUUGUUUUUUGUCCUAAUACUUGCUUAGCCACGUAAAGCUCUGAUGACUUUUUUUUUGUCUGCCACAUCAUUAUUUGUUAUAGGAACUCUGACCUGCUAUGGUUAGAGACUUUCAAAUAGUUUCCCUCAAUCUGUUAACUCCCAAUUGUAAUUUUCUUUUGUUCUAAGUCAUCAGAUCAUGAGCAUUCGAAAAAUGCAAAAGUAUAUAUUCUUGUAAUUUUUUUGCAUUUGAGUAAUUUUGAAUUCUAUAGUAAAUCUAAAACCAGAAUUGAAAUUUUGGAAUAAAAUAACUUGAU